AAUGUCGGCCUCGCCGACCGUCAUAAUCAGCAGCUCCGCUCUUCGCUUUGACUGGCCUCCAUUUCUAAAUCACUUCCUGUCCAGGCUGAUUCUACUGCUACUCUUCGAGGGGCGCGGAUUGGAGGGCAGAUUUGGGCGCAUUGGAUGUGUUCGUGAAAGUCCUGAUGGCGGUCAUUCUGUCUUGUUUUUGCGGGUUUCUUGUCUUGAUGCGAAGGCGUUGAGGGCUGAACGGCGUGGUAGAAGAUGGGCGUCUUAAACACGGUGUUGAGUUUCUCCGGGUUUGGAGUGGGGCUGACGGCGGGGAUCGUCGCCGGAUACUACCUCUUCAUCUACUUUCAGCCUUCUGAUGUCGACCAGGAUCCUAAGAUCCGUGCACUUGUUGAACAUGAUACCCAAUCAUUGGAACGAAUAUUUCCUGAAAUUCCCCUAUGGGUAAAGAGUCCAGAUUAUGAACGAAUUGAUUGGUUGAAUAAGUUUCUGGUGGUAAUGUGGCCCUAUCUUGAUAAGGCUAUUUGCAAGACUGCAAAACAAAUUGCAGAUCCAAUUAUUGCAGAGAAUACUGUGAAAUAUAAAAUUGAUUCCGUUGAAUUUGGAAAUUUCACUCUCGGUUCACUACCACCAACUUUUCAAGGAAUCAAAGUCUACACUACAGAUGAGAAGGAGAUAAUUAUUGAACCAUCACUCAAAUGGGCUGGGAAUCCCAAUGUAACCAUUGUUGUCAAAGCCUAUGGAUUAAAAUUAUCUAUACAGGUGGUAGAUCUUCAAAUUUUUGCUUCUCCGCGAAUUACUUUAAAACCAUUGGUCUCUAGCUUCCCUUGUUUUGCAAAUAUCUUUGUGUCCCUCAUGGAGAAGCCACAUGUUGACUUUGGUCUAAAACUUGUGGGGGCUGAUCUUAUGGCAGUUCCUGGUCUUUACAGAUUUGUUCAGGAGACCAUUAAAAAACAAGUUGCAAUUAUGUACCUAUGGCCUAGACACCUGGAAGUGCCUAUACUUGAUGCUUCAACGGCCUCAAAUAAGCCUGUUGGAAUGUUGCAUGUGAAGAUUAUUAGUGCACAAAAACUAAGAAAGAAAGAUUUGUUUGGAAAAUCAGACCCGUAUGUGAAACUUAAGCUUUCAGAUGAUAAGCUUCCAUCGAAGAAGACAACUGUCAAGAAGAGCAAUUUAAACCCUGAGUGGAAUGAGGAAUUCAACUUUGUUAUAAGAGACCCAGAAAAUCAACAGUUGAACCUCGCUGUUUAUGACUGGGAGCAGGUGGGAAAACAUGAAAAAAUGGGCAUGAAUGUUAUUCGGUUGAAUGAACUUAACCCUGAUGAGCCUAAAAUUUUAACACUUGACUUGAUGAAGAAUCUCGAUAAUAUUGAUGCUCAGGAUGACAAAUUUCGUGGGCAAAUUGUUGUGGAAGCAACAUACAAGCCUUUUAAGGAAGAUAAAUUGUUAGAGGUUGAUAGUGAGAAGGAUACCGCAGUAAACGCUCCUAACGGGACUCCUUCAGGUAGCGGGCUGCUUGUUGUUACCAUUCAUGAAGGUCAAGAUCUUGAGGGCAAGCACCAUACAAACCCUUACGUGUGUCUCACCUUUAAAGGAGAAGUGAAAAAGACAAAGCAUAUAAAGAAAAGCAGAGAUCCAAGAUGGGAAGAAGUACAUCAAUUUGUAUGCGAGGAGCCUCCUAUCAAUGAUAAAAUACAAGUGGAGGUGUAUAGUAAGGCACCCAGCAUUGGUAUACACUCCAAGGAAAACUUGGGAUAUGUCAUCAUUAGCCUCGCAGAUGUGGUGAACAACAGGAGAACCAACGAAAUAUAUCAUCUGAUCGACUCAAAAAAUGGACGAAUCCAGAUAGAAAUGGAGUGGGUUACUUCAUAGAGUUUCAUCUAAUGAGCUAGUCCCUGCACUGUUUGCUACAAAAAAUUCCGCAGGUCGAGUGAUGUUACAAUAUAAAGAGCACUAGAUAGCAACGAUGACGAUUGAAAUGACAAGCCCUGUAGAUUUUCUAUUGCUUUCCUUUUCGUGAUUGUGUGAAACGUAUUUCAUAUCGCAACUGUAUCGGUUAGAUAAUCUGGUAAAUGGUUUUGUCUGGGUUGCAUUGUGUUUA